AUGGCAGGCGGCAUGGCUCAGGCGCUUACCUUCGCGGCCGCGCUGGUGGCGGCCCGGGCUCAGAUGAAAGGCGACGUGAGCCCGAAGGAGGACCACCCGAAGCUCAGCAUGGAGGAGUGCACGUCGGACGGCACUUGCACCUCCACGGACUACAGCGUCGUGCUGGACAUGAGCUGGAGGUGGAUGCACAACGUCGGCGGCUACACCAACUGCAUCAACGAAGCGGACAACAUGUGGGCCGAUGACUACUGCCCCGACGCGGCGACCUGCGCUAAGAAGUGCGCCGUGGAGGGCCUGAACUCCACCCAGUACAGCGACACCUACGGCAUCUCGGCGUCGAAGGACGCCUCGAGCCUGACGCUGAAGUACGUGCCUGGCUCGCGCGUGUACAUGCUCGACGGCACAGGCAAGGAGUACCUGAUGUUCCAGCUGAAAAACAAGGAGUUCACGUUCGACAUCGACCUGUCCACCCUUCCCUGCGGAACCAACGCGGCCCUUUACCUGAUCGAGAUGGCCCGGGGCGUCGGUGCGUCUGUCGCGGCGCGCUGCGAGGCCCUGGCGAGGAUGGCGAAGGGCAUGCUGGCCGUCGGGGAGGAGGGCGACGCCGCGGCCGAGGACGAGCGCAGGCGCUGGUCCGCCUCGUCCCUGGAGGCGCGCUACGAGGCCCUGACGACGAUGGCCAGGAGCAUGCAGGCCGUCGCGGAGGGGGGCGACGCCGCGGCCGAGGACGCCGCCGCAGAGGCGGCGGCGGGCUCAAGCGAGGCCGCCGAGGCCGAGGGUCCCGAGGCCGCGGCAGCGCGGUUGCUGGCCGCCGGUUGCGAGCGGCUGGUGCGGACCUUGGCGCUUGCCGCCGGACAGCUGGGCGACCGCUCGUCCGACCUGUGGCUGCUGGCGCAGGGCUUCCACGCCCUGGGGCACCGCCGGCGCUGCGAGCUCGUGGCGGAGGCGGUGCGCGGCCUCGGCGCGCUGCCCGCGCAGGAUGGCGCGCAGACGUCGUGGUGGCCAUUGCGCCGCGCGUGCGGCGCGCGCGGCGGGGCUGGCGGCACGUGGCCGACGCCGCCGAGUUCGUCGCCGCCAGCCAGACAGGCGCCGUCGAUCGCGGCGCCGGCGCCGUGCCCCCGCUGGUGGGCCGCGAGGGGCGCGCGGAGGCGGAGCCCGAGGUCGUGGAGCUGCUGGACGCGGUGGAGGCGUCGCUGCGGAGGGUGCCCCCGCACCAGCGCCAGAAGUUGCACCGCAGGCUGGACCACGCGGUCUCGGAGUGGCUUCCACCCGCGGUGCUGGCGCAGACCUUCGCCUGGAUGCCGCCGGAGGAGAGGUGGCCGGCAUCGAGGCGUGGCUCGUGGAGGAAGGCGCCCUCCACGCCGAGGCCGCGCGCUCGCUCUUCGGCGCCCUGGCGCAGGCCUCCGGCACCCGCGUCUCCAUCGAGGAGGGCGGCGCGGCGGUGCGGCGGAGCGUGGUCUCCUUCGCGGAGGGCGCGGGCGCGCUGUGGGAGGGCCUCUCCGACGAGCUGCAGAGGCAGAACGUGGACGCCUUCUGGCCCAGCUGGCUGCGCGGCCAGGCGCCGUCCCCGUCGCCGUCGCUCCGCAGCGUGCCCGCGCGGGCGAAGAGGGCCUCGGUGCGCGUGGCGCCCGGGGGCGGCGUUCUUACGCCUCCCCGCCCCGUGCCGCCCCCCCGCGGAGCAGGAGAGCGCGUCGUCCGCGGGGCGCCAGCAGCCCGCGCAGGCGCCGCGCCGGUCCGCGAGGGUCAGCCGCUACUGCGCGCCCGAGGCGUUCCUGCUGA